AUGAGCUAUCAAGAUGAAUCAAGUUAUGUGGGCUCGUUCCCGAAGGAUUUCAGCUAUGGUCCGUUUGAACAAAAUGGAGAAAACGAUAACACUUCAUUACAAGAAGAUCAUAAACCACGAAUUUUGCUAAUGGGAUUAAGAAGAUCUGGAAAAUCUUCAAUACAAAAGGUUGUAUUCCAUAAAAUGUCUCCAAAUGAAACACUAUUCUUAGAAUCAACAAAUAAAAUAGUUAAAGAUGAUAUCAACAACAGCAGCUUUGUACAGUUUCAAAUUUGGGACUUUCCUGGACAAAUAGACUUUUUUGAUCCUACUUUUGAUUCAGAUACAAUAUUUGGCGGUUGUGGUGCACUUGUUUUUGUCAUAGAUGCUCAGGAUGACUAUCAAGAUGCUUUGGACAAGCUGCAACUUACAGUUACAAAGGCUUACAGAGUAAAUAGUAAUAUAAAAUUUGAGGUUUUUAUUCACAAAGUUGAUGGCCUUAAUGAUGAUUACAAAAUGGAAUCUCAAAGAGAUAUCCAUCAUAGAGCAAAUGAAGAUUUGGGUGAAGCUGGCUUAGAACAUGUGCACUUAUCAUUCCAUUUAACCUCGAUUUAUGAUCACUCUAUAUUUGAAGCAUUCAGUAAAGUAGUGCAAAAAUUAAUCCCACAACUGCCCACCCUGGAAAAUCUCCUCAAUAUACUCAUUUCUAAUUCGGGAAUUGAAAAAGCAUUCUUGUUUGAUGUAGUUUCAAAAAUAUACAUUGCGACCGACAGCUCUCCAGUAGAUAUGCAAAGUUAUGAAUUAUGCUGUGAUAUGAUAGAUGUUGUCAUUGAUAUUUCGUGUAUAUAUGGGAUGGUGGAUGAAACCGAAGUAAAUACGUUUAAUAGUCAGAGUUCUAGCCUUAUCAAGCUUAAUAACGGCACAGUGCUCUAUUUACGCGAAGUAAAUAAAUUUCUGGCCCUUGUUUGUAUACUACGGGAAGAGAACUUUCAGAAACAAGGGGUAAUAGAUUACAACUUUUUGUGCUUUCGCGAUGCAAUAACUCAAGUUUUUGAACUACGAAACAAAAGCCAAGGCGCUUUAGCUGCCGCCAGAGCUCGUACGGACUCCGAUCUAAUGGCCAAUGGCGCAGGAGAUUCUCCUGAAAGUACAUCCGACCACUCUCAAGUUCAACUACCA